GACCUGCCCAAGGUCACCCAGCAGGACCGUGGCAGAACCAGGAAUAGAACCCAGCUCUCCUCAGUCACAGUGCUCUUUUUGACUAGGCCACCCAGCCCUUUGUUUGCAGUGGUUUUACCAUGAGUGUCUAUCCAGUGUCCAGUUAGCCAUUCCUCACUACUAUCCCUUUCUUUUAUUGCAAAAAAAAACCCCCUCAGAUUUGUGACCAGUAGUAACAUCAGAUGGCUGCUGGAGACCCUUCCUGAUGUGCCCAAGGGCAUAUGCUGUACUGCCAUUAAUAACUGGGGGACUGUGGCAGUUCUGAUUAAAGCCUUGACCAAGGAACUAGAAUAAAACUUGUUCUCUUGUCCUGCUCUAGUGCAGCUAUCAGCAUUGGGUAUCUCGCCCUGCUAGUAUUAUCUUCUCUGGUCUUCACUUGAUGUAAUAUGGGUCAUUGGGGGAGAAAGCAGUAAGAAGAAAACUCAACAACUAAAGCUUGCUCUGGUUAAAACCCUAACCCUUUCCUGGAGUGAAGUAUAUUUUAGCAUCACACAAGUUUCAUUAUGGAUAGUUUCAGAUGAAAAAAUAGAGAGCCGUUUUCAUAUCCUUUCUCCAUUACCAAGAGGUGCUACACUAGGUCUUUGAGCUGUAUUUCUGUUUAUAGCGGCCCUCCUUCCUUUGCUACUCCUUCCCAAUUGCACUGAAAAGACGUGGCAGAGAAGGACAUCGCACACUUACAUAGCUGCACUGGGGUGUAUAACAUUCCUUUUUAUGGUUAGCUGCACUGUUGGCAUAUACAAAGAGAAGAAACCGAGUUAUCUAAGAUCAAUAUUUGCUGGGACAUUACAGAUAAAGCCUUUUUAGAAACAGUAUAGCAAAGGAGUAUUUCCAUUUUUAAACUAACACUGACUUACACCCAAAGCUGAUGGGAGUGAUAUUUUUCCUGUACAUGAUUUUAAAAUACCUUCUUCCUUUUUAUGUUGUCUGGUUCUCUGCAAAAACAAAUGCACUCAGUGUCUGUGCCUCACUCCUCAGAUGUUCAAAUGGAUUUGUUUUUUUUUAGGAAGCAAACCUUUUUAUCCCAUAGCCAUCACUCCCUGGCUAUAUAUCCUCUACCAUCAAUCUUUCCCCACUAGGAUUCUCACCUGCCUAUUACAAAAGCAUUUUAACCUCUCUCUACCCAAGCCCCUCACCUAUUUAGUAAGUUAUUCAGGACCCUUGCCAUGGAACCUGGCUCCUUAUCCAAUUAGAAGUGAAAAUGUACUGGAAUAUAAAGCUACCAAUUGCAAAGUCUCAAACUAUUAUUUGUGCUGUGGCUGCCACACAAAACCUUCAUGGUCCUGAAUUAUCCAAAGCAGAGAGUUUGGCAGAAGAAGUUCCUAAGUUCCCACAGGUACAAGCACAGAACGAAAGACCCCACAGGGCACCUCUGAUUUUCCAACACCAGGUUUGGAAACAAAAACAAGUUUGCCUUAGUUAAUCUUACCAUGAUGGGACUUAACAGGCAAGGUGCUUUCUGAGGGAGCUGCUAGGGCCCAGACUGUUUAUAGUUUUAAAGGUUGCUAGAUCUUGAAUUGCAAGCACAGGCACUAUGUCCCCAACUCAAAGUGUUUAAGAUUGUAGUUAAACUUAUGAAUUGUGGAUAAAAUUAAGCACAUUUAAGUACUUUGCUUGAAUUGGAAUUUAUGGACCAGAUCCUCAAAAAUAUUUAGGCACCUAACUCCUAUUCCUAAAUGCCUUUGAAGAUCUGGGACUAUAUGCCAGGGGUGACCAAAUGUACUGACCCUCCAAGCCACAUAUGCUAAUCUUCCCACGUUCAAAAGCUGCAAGACAUGCACAACCUGCCCUGCAGGGCAGUGCCUACUGGGGUGCAGGACUUCACUCUGACACCCACGAGUGGGGCUAAAACCCUGAGACCCCCCAUAUCUGCAAGGCAGAAGCCCCUAGCCCCACCACUCUGUUGCAGGCCAGAAGCCCCAAGCUCCCCUGCCAGUCUGGUAGAUGGAGAAUUGAGGGCAUGGGGGACCUCAGCAAGCUACACUUUAACUAUAAAAGAGCUGCAUGUGGCUCAUGAGCUGUGGUUUGGCCACACCUGCUAUAUGCUAACAGCUUCUUAUCACAUCAUCUUUAAAAAUACACAAUUAUGUAUAGGUGGUUCCAGUUAGAGAUGAUCAAAAAAUGAGGUUUUAUCAAAUGUGUUUUUUCCUAAGACAAAUGUCAUUUGAUAAAGUUUAUCUAUGGAAGACUUCACAACAAAAUUAAAAAAUCCAGCACAUGAAAACCAAAAUGUUUGAAUACAAAUAAAUGAAAUUAUUUUUUACACUUUUUCUCCUGAGGAAGAAGGGGAGGGGAAAAAAACUGGUAGUGAGGUGGAAACCUCUCAAUCUCCCAUCUUCCCCUUCCUGUGAUAGAAUUUGAAAAGGACACAUUAAAAUGACACAUUUUACAUUUAUUUGUGAAAGUUUGUUUUUGUUUUAUAUUAAAACCAUUACUCAUCUUACAUAUUUUUUGCUGGUGAAUUAAUGGGGUGACUAUUACAAACAAAACCUAAGUACCUGAGAGAAGUUUUUUAAUCAGUCUGUUUAAACUUUUUAUGUUUUAGCCCUAUUUAACUCUAGCUUCUGACAAAACACUUGAGAGAAAAGGUCUCCUAGCUUCUGGCAGUCAGAGGUUUAGAGACACCCCAAGCAUAAGACUGCAUCCCUGACCAUCUUGGAUAAUAGCCCCUGAUGGACCUAUCCUCUAUGAACUUUUCUAGUUCAUAGAACCCUGUUAUUCUUUUAGCCAUCACAACAUCCCAUGGCAAUGAGUUCCACAGAUGGAGCAUUGUGUGAAAAAGUAUUUCCUCAUGUUUGUAUUAAACCUGUUGCCUAUUAAUUUCAUCAGGUGACCCCUAGUUUUUAUAUUACGGGAAGGAUAAAGUUCUCUUUUUCCAUACCAUUCAUGAUUUUAUUGACCUCUACAAUAUUCCCCCUUACUCUUCUCUAAGCAGAGCAACCCUAAUCUUUUUACUCUCUCUUCAUAUGAAAGCCAUUCCAUAUCCCUGAUCAUCUUUGUUCCCUUUCUCUGAACCUUUUCCAGUUUCCGUAUAUCUUUUGUGAAAGGGAGUGAUCAGAACUGGACACAGUAUUGAAGGUGUGGGGAUACCAUGGAUUUAUAGUGGCACGAUGAUAUUUUCUGCCUUAUUUUCUAUCCCUUUCCUCAGUUCCCAACAUUGUUAGUGUUUUUGUCCACGGCUAUGCCUAUAGUUCAAGUUUUCAGAGAAUGAUCCACUGUGACUCCAAGAUCCCUUUCUUGAGUAGUAACAGCUAAAUUAGAACCUGUCAUUGAGGAAAAAUAAUUCCUACUUUAUACAAUGUGUAUUACUUUGCAUUUAUCAAUGUUGAAUUUUGUAAUUCAUAUCAUUGCCCAGUCACUCAGUUUUGUGAUAUUGCCAUGUAACUCUUUGGCAUCAGCUUUAGACUUAACUAUCAUGAAUAAUUUUGUAUCAGCUGCAAUUUUGUCACUGCAUUGUUCAUACCCUUUUCCAGCUCGUUAGUGAAUACGUAGAACCGCAAUGGGCCCAGCAAAAAUGCUGUUUCCAUUGUGAAAACUGACUAUAUAUUCCUACCCUUUAUUUCCUGUUUUUAAAUAGUUACUGAGCCAUGACAGGACCUCCUCUGUUAUCCCAUGACUACUUGGUUUCCUUAAGAGCCUUUGGUAAAGGACCUUGUCAAAGGCUUUCUGAAAACCCACCAUGGAUCAGAAUAGCAGUCCAGCUAAUCUAGUAUCCCAUCUCUGACAGCGGCCAAAACCCUCCAGACAGCAUCUGGGGAAUAAUCUACCCCCUACACAGGAUUCACCUUGAUUGCUAGAGGUAAAGAGAUUGGCUUAAGGUCUGAAGCAUGAGAUUUAACAUCACUUUCAAAUUUUUGUGUCACUAAUUAUGACAACUGUCUAUUCUUUAUCCCUAUAAAUAUCCAAUCCCUUUAUCAAAUCUAAUUAAAUUCUUGACCAUAAUGACUUCCAGUGGCAGAGUUCCAGAUUAACUGCACAUUAUGUGAAAAAGUAUUUCCUUUUACUGAUUUGGAAUAUCCCAACUUUAAAUUUAAUUGAAUGUCCUCUAGUUCUUGUGGUAGAAGAUAGAACUACAGUUCUAGCACUGUAGUCUCUAAACCAUGUGCUUUUAUCAUAUCCCAUGUUUCUCCUGAAGAAAGGAGAUGAAAUCAGUCUUUUCAAUUUCUCUUCAUGUGAGAGGUUUUUCCAGGCCUUAGAUUACUAUUAUUCCUCCUCUUUAAAUCCCCUUCCAGUUUUGCAAAAGUAAAAGAGAAACACCCUCCCACCCCAGCUACUGAGGGCUAAAAGCUGCUCCAAGUUUGACCCCUCCAGCCAAACAAAGCAUAGCAACAUUUGAUAAGGUAGAACACAGGCAAAGAACACCAGGGGGCAAUUUUAAAACAAAACAUACACCUCUCAAUUUCAUUUUCCAUUAUAGGUCACAAACAUAGCUUCUUUAUAUCUUAAGAUACACUCCAUUGAACUAUACCAGUCCAACUAUGCAUAAAAGUAUUCUUAAGAUAAUAAAACACUAUUUAAUCUUUAAGUAAAUGGAAAAGUCUCUAAAGUAGGCUCUUUUCUUUAAAGAGUCACUACCAUAGCCCACAGAAAAUCUAAUGCAGCAACAGAUCUAUGCAUUAUUUUCAUUUUCUGUUGAUUUUGUCACAAUGACAAGAGAAGAACAGGUUUCCAAGGAAUUCCAAAUACAUGUUGGAUUGCAUUUGAAAAGGUGUUUUAGCACAAAACAAAUACUCCAGGCACUAUAUAAAUGCUUAACAGCAACAGCCAUAUGAUAAAUAAGAAAUCUCAGGUAGGUAACCUUUGAGACUGCCUUUUUUGUUUUCCAACAAACUUCCUCUCUCCUGGCCCCUCUCCUUCAGUUUUACAUAUUUCUACAUGUGGAGGGAAAUAAGGUAAGUUUCAUACAAUUUUAUUUCUUAUUAAAGUAAUAAACUCACCUACAAAAGCAGGAUCCCUAUAAGAUGACCAACUAUCUCAUAUCCAUCUACCUUUAGUAAACAUUACAAAUUUAUCUGAAAUCAGUUCAUGAAAAAUUGGGGGUUGAAUCUGGACUCAAGGAAAUAAAAGUGUCACUAAAAAGCAUAUUAAGUUUUCCUAUCUUUAUUAAGUUUUCAGGUUUGAUACAGUCUAUGCCCAAGACACUCAUGUUUCUCAGAAGUACUAUGCUGGGAAUUCUCCUAAUCUGCAUUCUCUGGACAGAGACUACUAUGGCUGGAUCUAGUUUUUUAAGCCCUGAAUAUCAAAACACACAGCAACGAAAGGAUCCAAAAAAGCAUACAACAAAGUUAAACCGCCGAGCUGCAGAAGGACUUUUGGAUGCAGAUGCAAGGCAGACAGAAGGAGACAAUGAAAUAGAAAUUAAGCUUAAUGUUCCCUUUGAAAUUGGCAUCAAGAUAACAGAAGACCAGUACCAGGAGUAUGGACAAGUGCUGGAGAAGAUCCUAGAGGACAUUCUUGCAGAGGACACUUUAGAAACCCAAAACUGGCAUGAGUUGAAACAUGAAGAUGUUACAAACUGAUUAGAGUACAACAAAGUUCUGCUCAUUGGCUUGGAUUGCUUUAAAUCUUGCUUUACAUUGUGCAACGGAUGACAAGAGCAUGCAUUAAAAGAAAUGCAUGAAGCUGAACAUUUUGCAGUUUUUAAAAGGACAUUUUGUUGUGUAACAGGUCUUUGGAUGAGGUUGCAAGUAGUAUAGAUAUGGUAGACAGAUAGCUGCAAACAAGGUCAAACACACUGAAAUCUAAGUUGUUUUCUUACCUUUCAAAACUAUGUGACUGAAGCUACCUGUUCUAAAAGCAAGGAUAAACUGUUAAUCUACCACAUGCUUCUUGCAGCAGAAAAUAAAGCUAGUGUUGAAA